CCCCGAGUCUCGUCGCCAUCCGCUCCGCGCCCCCCCCCCCGCUUCCCUCCGCCCCUCUGUCUCCCGCCGCGCCUCCGCCAUUUUGUGGCCGAGCAUUGCCCACCGAAGACCGACGCCGCGGCGGAGCCUUCCGCCUUUCCCCCGCCCUCUCGCGCUCCCACUAUAGCGGCGCCUCGGUCCGGCCCGCGCAGCCAUGUCCUCCGGCGCCAGCCCCGAGUACGCCUCCUUCUUCGCCGUGAUGGGCGCUUCGGCCGCCAUGGUCUUUAGCGCCUUGGGAGCUGCAUAUGGAACAGCAAAGAGUGGCACAGGUAUUGCAGCCAUGUCUGUCAUGAGGCCUGAGCUGAUCAUGAAGUCCAUCAUCCCUGUGGUCAUGGCGGGUAUUAUAGCAAUCUAUGGCCUCGUAGUGGCAGUGCUCAUUGCCAAUGCCCUCUCACCUGAAAUCACGCUAUUCAAGAGCUUCCUUCAGCUGGGUGCUGGCUUGAGCGUGGGUCUCAGUGGUCUGGCUGCAGGCUUUGCCAUCGGCAUUGUGGGCGAUGCAGGUGUCCGGGGCACAGCACAGCAGCCCAGGUUAUUUGUGGGGAUGAUCCUCAUUUUGAUCUUCGCUGAAGUCUUGGGUCUCUAUGGCCUCAUUGUUGCCCUUAUCCUCUCCACGAAGUAAAUGUUGCGGUAUGAUGUAAAGAGAUGUAACAAAUCUACAUUUAACAAAAACAAAAGCUCCAGAAUGAAAAUGGUUUCUCCAAUGUGUACAGUUGUCCCAAUUUGGUAGUUGAUCUCUUGUAAAUGCGCAAUAUGUUAGUGACUCGUCUGUCCUGUGUGUACUUCAAUAUUAACUUGGAUGGGCUGCUCCAAGCCUGCUGCAUGGCUUGGGGUGGCCUGUGUGCAAUUUUCCACCCAUUGCUGUUAGUAUUUUAUGUAUAAAUAUGAACUAGAAAUGUAAUUUUUUUCUCUUCACUGGAUGUUUAUUUAUAAAAGACUUGACAUGUUCAUACAUCUAUGGAGCAAGGAUUUUCAAUUUCCCAUGCUAUAUAUAUUAAUCUUAUAUAUAGGUAGAUUACACUGUGGGGUCAAUUGUAAGUGCAGAGAAUUCCUUGGAUGUAAUUUUGAUUCUAAAGAUUGCUGUAGUGUCCUGGUAUUGGAGUAUGAGAAUUUUGUGUUCUAUUACAGCAAUUGUUCGAAACACUCCUGUGUUUCAAUAGUAACUGCAUAUGCUCCGGCAUCAGUUGUGCACCCAGUGUUGGGUUACAAACUCUACCAUGUUUCCAAAUAAAAUUUCCUCACUACAUUGC